GUUUUUAAAUCAUUGUAUGUGAAUACAUAUUUGACAAAAGUUUGUCCAUCAAAAAAUCAUUAGUAAAGUGUAAUGAAGUUGGGAGUCUUUGCAAGUUGCAACUAGCUCCAAUGUUGAUCUGAGAUUUACAGAGGCGGAUUUGGCAGAAACCCCCCUCCCGGCUAUCUGAAACCCUAGGAAUCAUGGGGAAGAAAGGGAAGAACACCAAUAACAGUGAAUCCGAGGUUGAUCGCACUCAGUAUUACGAUAUAACAAUGAACAUACUGUUCGCCAUGGUGUCGGAACCCUAUUAUCUCCUCCAUUUCCUCACCUUCUUCUCUUAUUUCUCCAUCAGAUUCUCCACUUCUCAAUUAUUUUCUCCUGAAUUCGCCGGACACCUCCUCCGCCGUGAACUUCAAGCGCUUCUUGCUUUCGUUACAUUAACCGUUGUCAAGAUGGUGAAAGAAGAAACCUGGGAUGGUUUUGUUGCAGAUAUGCUGUUAUUUGCUAAGAUAUUUCUUGUUGGCAUUUCAUUAGUUGUGGAUUAUCACCUUACACUCUGGUUCAUGUUAGCAUUCUUAGUUAUAUACAUCUUCACACAACAACCUCCCUACACAGGACUAGGCUCUUCAGCACAAUUAACACCCUUACAGUUAGAAGCUUUAUUAACUGAAGGUGGCACAUCAAAAUUUUGGCUGGUGGAAUUUCGAUCUUUGUUUUCAUCUACUUGUAUACGCACGAGUCGUGUUCUUCCUGAACUAUCAAUUACUUUCUCAAAUAAAAAUAUAUCUUUUGGAGUGGUUGAUCUUGGGCUUUUCCCAAAUACAGCUGCAAGAUUUGGGGUCUCUUUAGGAAUACCCGAUCAACUCCCGACUUUUAUUUUAUUUGAGAACGCUGAAGAAAUUUCACGUUUUCCUGAGAUAAAUUCUGUCGCUAAAUCUUCAGAUAUAACAAAGAAUGUGUGUGUCUUUGCAGGCAUUUUGAACUUGACAAACAUCUCCUUGAUUAUGUUAGUGGGAAAUAGGUGUUGA